AUGGCCAGCUCCAGACAAGGCCUGUGGCUGCUGCUGACCACCCACCCUGGACCCUCAAAAGUUCAGCACUGGUCCCACAGCUGGUACCCUGGAGGGAAGUGAGCCUCCAGCUCCUCCCAGCACGCUCAACAAGGUCCCCAGGUGGGAGACGGGUCUCCCCAUCUUGAGUGGGAGGAAGAAGGAGGCACCCCACACCAGAUUGCCCAUAGCCUCUCAAGCGAUGGUGAGGACAGUGUGCCCUGGGUGAGCAGGACCACAGGCUAGUGGACCCUCCGCAGGAAACAGCACCUGGGGCACAGACUGCUCGGUAAGCAACGCCGCACGCCCAGGGAGCUGGAAGGCUCCCACGCUGGUCCUCUAGGAGCCUGCAGACCCGCGGGUGGCCGCAUCCUGCUCGGUGAGGCCGAAUUGGGAAAGAAGGGGACGGACUAG